GUCUGUCAUCCUCCCCGUCCACAAUGCGGAGCUGUGGCUGGAUGCAUGUUUGGAGUCUGUGCUGCAGCAGGACUUCCAAGGCACCAUGGAGCUCUCUGUGUUCAAUGAUGCCAGAUAAGUCUAUGGCUAUAAUUGAAAAGUGGAGACCCAAGCUGGAGGACUCAGGCAUCCUGGUGGUCAUUGGAGGCCACGAGUCUCCUUCUCCCCGAGGAGUUGGAUAUUCUAAAAAUCAAGCAAUUGCACAGAGCUCAGGGUCUUACCUUUGCUUCUUGGAUUCAGAUCGAACCCAGUGCCUCACGCAUGCUAGGCAAGCGCUCUACCACUGAGCCACAACCCCAGCCCUUGGCUUGGUUCUGGAAAACCAUUUUUCUCUGUUAUGAUCAGACUUAAAGUGGACCUGUCUGUGCCUUUAACUGUGCCUGCGUGACCACAUCUGGACCUGCGACCGCAGGACGACGUGAUGAUGCCUGAAAGAGUGAGGCUGCAACACGAGGCUGCCGCUCAGCACCCCACCAGCAUCAUCGGGUGCCGUGUGAGGAGAGACCCCCCGGGUUCCACCGAGCGGUACACACGCUGGAUCAACCGGCUGGCGCCCGAGCAGCUUCUGACACAGGUGUUUACCGCCAACGGCCCCACAGUGAUCAUGCCCACGUGGUUCUGCUCGCGAGCCUGGUUUGCCCACGUGGGCCCAUUUGACGAGGGUGGGCAGGGCGUGCCGGAGGACCUGCUGUUCUUCUACCAGCACCUCAGGAAGGGGGGCAGGGUCCUCCGGGUGGACCAGACCCUGCUCCUGUACCGCUACCACCCCCAGGCGGCCACGCUCUCUGUGCUUGAGGCACCCAGCCAGCCCUGGCCACCCCUGCUUCCCAGGACCACCAUCUGGACCCACCGUGUCUGCUUCCUGGAGGAGUGGGCCCUGCCCCAGUGGACGUCCUUCACCAUCUGGAACGCGGGCAAGCAGGGACGCAGACUGUACCGCAGCCUCACGGCUGCCAGCCGCUGCAAGGUGGUGGCCUUCUGCGACGUGGACGAGAACAAGAUCAGGAAAGGCUUCUACUGCUACGAGGAGGCUCAGGAAAGGCCCAAGCCGCGUGUUCCUGUCCUGCACUUCAGAGCUGCCCGGCCACCCUUCGUCCUCUGUGUGAAGCUGCUGACGGCCAUGGCCGCUGCCCUAGUGUGGUCUGAGCGGAGCGCCACUCAGGCUCCAAGACCAAAUCAUGGCCUCCUUGGCACGUCACCUCAUUGCCCCUGGCUGCUGACGACCAGCCUGCCUCUGAUGGACUCCAGGCCUCAGGCCUGUCCAGCACUUGGCUGAUGUGUGUCGGGCGUCACUGACCUCUCCGUGUCCCUGCGCCAUCCGGCGUCUGAGGCCGGAGCCCUCGCACAGCCUGGGUUCUGGCAUGUCCACCAGGCCAGCCUCUGCUCACUCCCAUGCCCUCACCAGCUCAUCCUCACCUUCACUGCAGCCGUGCACUCCAGGACACAAGUGGACGCUGGACUGUGGCCAUCAGGGGCACGGGUCAGCAGCACUGGCCUGGCUCUCUGUGGACUCAGAGUGCCCCCCGGGGCUCUGCCUGCCUCUCCUGCACCCUCAGGCAGGCCUGGGCUCCCACCCGCAUGUCACCACACCUGCCUUCCCGGUGCUGGUGCAGAGUGUCCUGUGCCUGCUCCCUCCACUGCAGCACACUGGCCACCUCCCCGUGGCCUCCCCUGGCAGCCAGCCUGGCGCUCCGCUGCUGUGCGUCCACACUGGCCCAGUGCUCACUCACCCUGCGCCCCACGUCGGCACAGGGUGCUCUGUGCAGCCGAGAUGACGCCGGUGCCUUGAGCUGACCUGCAGCUGUGGCAGGUACCAGGAGGCAGAGCCGUGUCACCAGGGGCCUCCAGCACACGGCUGAGGUGGGAGACAGGGUUCAAGUGGGCCGGCAGGGAGCUGGCCCCCAGGGCACGUCUGUGCAGCAGGGCUGGAAACCAGACUUGGGCCAGGCCUCACCAAGCUCAGGCCGACCCCCACGAGUCAAAGGGGGGCAUGGAGGCCUGAGUGGACCAAGAGCGCGUGCAGGCAGGUGGACACCGAGUGCCUCAGCAGGGCUGGGCUGGGGGCCAGCUCCCCUGGCCCACGGCACCCUCCAGGAGCCCUCUCUGCAGGUCUACAGACCUGCCCUGCAGGAGCCCUGCUCUCUCCCUGUGGCUCUAAUAAACCGUUACUUUGCCCUCG